AGCGUUGCAGUUUGUGUUGAGCUCAGCUUAGGAAAGAAGGGAAAUCCAGGAGCUGCCUGUUAGGCCCAGGUCUUGAUCUCUCUUUGUUCCAGGGAUCCUAGCACAGUCAUGGAUCAAACCUCAAUGUCUGAAAAGGCUCAAAAUGAGGCAGACACCAAUAACUUGGACAUGUUCUCUCAGCCCCUCUCAUCGUCCCCACACCACAGGCCAGGUCACAGUGGAGCUCACCGCCGCCAUAGGUCCCCUCACUACGGGAUGGCCCAUGACCACAGUGAGUCUGACCAUUAUGGCACACCCCACCAUCACGGUGGGUCUCACCACUCUCGUGAGUUCCAAGACCUUCACGACAAUCCCUCCCAAUCUCAGCACCAUGGUAGAGCCUACAGCCCUACAGCCCUUGGUCCAGCUGCUGCUCAUGACAUUGUCUCUCCCCAUCCUGCCUUUGGAGAGGACUACUUCAAUGAUGAGCACCACUAUGGUAGCAGGAUGCAUCACAGUGGGGCCCAGCAUGCUGGAUCCCACCAGGGUAGAUCUCAUCACCACAGCAGACCCUCCCACUAUGGCAGGUCUCACCGCCAUGGCCAGCCCCCCUCUCAGGGUGGGCCCAAACCACUUGAUGAGAAUUUGUCCCAGUUCUUUGAUGGUGGAUCCUCCCAGCACAAUGGGUCCAACAACCUCAGAAAGACUUCCCACCCUGAUGAGCUCCUCCAUAACCAGUCCCGUCAACGUGAAGCCCGCCACCAGGGGAGGCCUCUUCAAGAUGAAGAGAAUGCCUCCCAUCUUUCGUUCGAGGGGGCCUCCCAUCAAGGCUUACCUCGCCAGCAAACCAAGCAUGAUGAUGGUGAUCGCCGCCCCAGUGAGCAACAGGAUGGUGAGCAUCCCCACCACAGAGGCCACCGCCAUGGUGAGCAUUCCCACCACAGAGGCCACCGCCACGGAGAUCACCACCACCGCAGAGAGCACCGCCACAGCGAGUCCCAACGUAGCUCGCAUCAGUUCGAUGACAACGAUCGCCAACUCAAGCCUGUCCUUAGUAAAGGCUCCCGCCCUCGGGUUGCUUCCCAACUCUCUACCCCACACGAGACCCGCAGCCUGAUUGUGCCGCACACCCUCACCUCUGCCAUUUCUCUUAUGACACCUCCCCAACGUGGUGGGGCAUCACCUGGGAGCGCGGCCUCCAGCGUAACUCAGGCCCUCACUUCGAUGGGCUCCCAGCUCUCUAGCAAAGUCUAUCCUAAGGAUUUCUCCUCCAAAGUGUCAGAAACCUGGGACACAGAAGAUGAGCAAUUUCAGAAGCGCAAAACCGGCCGGUCUCAGCGGGCCCACAAGAAGACACACACUUGGAACCUCUUGCAGUGGCUGUGGGAAAAAUUAAGCUACUUCAUUCAGCAAUUCCGGAAAAUGAUCUGGGACCUGACCCACUCCCUGGUCUUUGAAUUCUUCAUCUUCUUCAUCAUCUGCCUCAACACUAUCAUGCUUGUGGUUCAGACCUUCGCCCAAGUGGAGAUCCGGGGUGAGUGGUACUUCACGGUCUUGGAUGCCAUUUUCUUCAGCAUCUACCUACUGGAAGCUCUGCUCAAGAUCAUCGCCCUGGGCUUCUCGUAUUUUCGUGAUGUGUGGAACAAUCUGGACUUCUUCAUCGUGAUCGUCGCUAUGCUGGACUUCACGCUCUUGCAGCUCUACUCCUUCUCCAUGUACCAACUAAGCGUCUUCCGGAUCCUCAAAGUCUUAAAGAGCCUUCGGGCCCUUAGGGCCAUCCGGGUCCUGCGGAAGCUGAGCAUCCUGACCAGCCUCCAUGAAAUGACAGGGACCCUGGCCCAGACCUUCUCAUCCAUCGCAGCCAUUCUCAUCCUCAUGUUUACCUGCCUCUUCCUCUUCUCCGUGGUACUCCGGGCACUGUUCCGCAAAUCUGAUCCCAAGCGCUUCCAGAGCAUCUUCAGCACCAUCUUCACCCUCUUCACCAUGCUCACUCUGGACGACUGGUCCCUCAUCUACAUGGACAGCCGGGCUCAGGGCGCCUGGUACAUCAUUCCCAUUCUCAUGAUUUACAUCAUCAUCCAAUACUUCAUCUUCCUCAACCUGGUGAUUGCUGUCCUGGUGGAUAACUUCCAGAUGGCACUGCUCAAAGGCCUGGAGAAACUGCAGCAAGAGAAGGCUGCCCAAAACCAAGAGAAGCUGCUGGAGGACUCACUGACAGAGCUCAAACAAGAGCAUGGAGACGAGUUGAGUGACAGCGCCAUGAAGAAGCUCCUGGAGAAAAAGUUUGGGGCCAUGACGAAGAAACCUUUGCCUGCGCUGUUCUCUCUGCCUGGAAUGUUCUCUGCCUGCUGAUGCCAGGCUCAGGUGGCCAAGAGUUGGGAGAGCCGAGGUCCAAUCCUGGUUGCUUCACCUCCUGGGUUGCUCUCCUGUCCGUCGUCCUUGUUGCAGCUCCUUGGCCACCAUGCUGGUCUGGGCCCUUGGCACCUCUGGGUUUGCUGGCCUCCAAACUUCCCCACUGGUCCACCUCUGCCAGGAGGGGUCUUUGUUAAGUGCCAUUUUGCCUUCUCCCUCUUACCCCGAUUUUGAACUCCUGCCCCCUUAGGAUAAGUCCAGGCUCCUUGCUUUAACCUUUCCCAGGUAUCUCCACCUGCAGUUCAUCCACUCCCUGAAAUAGCCCUCCCCAAAGCUGCCCCGGCCCCCCUCUUAUGCUCCUCCUGAACUCACACCUUGGAGCACCAGGGACCCUGCCCAAGCCUGGCAAACCCUCAUGUGUCUUUAAAACUCAGCUUCCUCCAGAACCCUUUGCAGACCCCAGCACUGGUGAAGUUUCCCUCCCCUACACCCCUCCACACCCACAUUUGCACCAACCACGAUGUGCCAGCGGUUGUCCGGCUCUGGGGCAGAACUAUUUCUUAUUCCUCUCUAUGUCCUAGAGCACCAGCAGUGUUGUUUUCCAUGCUCUUUGAUGGACGGAUUGAUGAGAUGGGGGAGGUGAAUGGGUGAAUGGGUGGGGGAGUGCUUGGGAGUAUGACUGCGCACACAGCAUGGUGGGGUGGAGACACGGGGCACAGAGGGGGCAGAGGGAGAGGGGAGUGGACGGGUGGAGGUGGGCAGAGUUGGUGAAUGGAUAAGGAGAUGGGUGGAUGGCAGGUGGGUGCGUGGAGAGGUGUGGGCAGGUGACGAAUGGGCAGGUGGAGGGGUAGGAGGUUGGGAGGAUAAACAGUGAAUAGUCAGAAGCCCCAUGGCACCGGCAGACAUGGGGCUUUUCUGUAUGUGGAAAAGGAGACGUACGGAAAUAGAGGCCUAGGGUGACGGGAGUUUCGGGAGUAGUGGAGAGACAGGCCAGAAGAGCCAUCUGGGUGGCUCUGGGGGCCCAGAGCUUGCCUCCCCCUC